AUGGCAACCGAAAUCGCAAACGUGCCCUCCUCGCCAUCUCGGCAACAACAAAAGCUCUCGGUGCUCGAAGGUCCCGUAGAUCCUCCGCUUGUUGACUUUACAUUGGGCGAGCUUCUUGAGCUACAAACAUACCAGCAUGGCAACCAGGAGUGUCUUGUCAUUCCAUGGACCGGUGCUCGUUGGACGUAUAACGAGCUGAGCCAGCAGAGCUUUUCUUUGGCGCAAUCUCUGCUAGAUAUGGGGAUUGGGGUUGGUGACCGCGUCGCAAUCAUGGCAGGAAACUGUGAACAAUAUGCUGCUGUCUUCUUCGCCGUGGCCAAGAUUGGUGCCAUUCUUGUCAUUCUCAACAACACAUAUACCCCAACUGAGGCUAUGUAUGGCCUGAAGUUUUCUGAUAGUAAACUUCUGUUCACAACACCACAAAUUGGACGGCUCGAUCAGACACAACUGCUACAGCAGCUCGAAAACAAAAAGACCGUCCCCAAGGUUGUGAUGCUCCGGGGAGACGAGACCGGCAAGUAUGAGACCUAUGAAGGUUUGGUAAAUGCUGGGCGUCGACGAAACCACCAAAGACUGUAUCAAGCCAUGACAAAGGUGCUCCCUCAUCAAGUGGUCAAUCUUCAAUUUACAAGUGGGACGACCGGACUCCCCAAGGCUGCUAUGCUCACACACCAUAAUUUGGUCAAUAAUUCUCGGUUUAUUGGCGAUCGCAUGCGUCUUGGACCUGUUGAUGUACUGUGUUGCCCUCCACCACUGUUCCACUGCUUUGGCUUGGUGCUUGGUCUUCUUGCUGUCAUCACUCACGGCGGCAAGAUUGUGUACCCAGCUGAGGUCUUUGAUAUCCAGGCAACGCUUCAAGCAAUCUCUGAUGAGCAAUGCACUGCUGUUCAUGGAGUUCCUGCCAUGUUCGACUCGCUCUUCCAAGCCAAAUGGCCCGACAACUUCAGUUGCGAUAAUCUGCGCACUGGAAUCAUUGCUGGCGCACCAGUGCCGCGAUAUUUGAUGGAGCUUCUUGUCAACCGAUUCGGAAUGACUGAGUUUACCAGCAGCUACGGUCUCACUGAGGCAUCACCCACUUGCUUUAACGCAUUUACCGACGAUUCCAUCGAUACUCGACUGACAACUGUCGGUACACUGAUGCCUCAUGCCAAAGCCAAGAUCGUUGAUCGUGAUGGAAACAUUGUUCCCAUCGGAGAGCGUGGAGAGCUUUGUAUUGGCGGUUACCAGCUUCAGGCCGGAUACUGGAACAACUCGGAGAAGACCAACGAAACCAUGGUCCGGGAUAGUUCGGGCAUUCUUUGGCUUCAUACCGGUGACGAAGCUGUGUUUGAUGCGAAUGGGUACUGUUCAAUUACCGGUCGUUUCAAAGACAUUAUUAUUAGAGGUGGAGAGAACAUCUAUCCACUCGAAAUCGAAGAACGUUUGAUGGACCAUACUGCCGUUACUCGCGCCAUUGUGGUUGGUCUCAAGAACAAGCAUUAUGGCGAAGUCGUAGGUGCUUUUGUUGAGCUGGCCGACGGUCAUCAGAAGCCAACAUAUGAGGAGCUCAAGGACUGGUGCCGCAAGAGACUUGGUGGUCACAAGUCGCCAGCUCACGUUUUCUGGCUGGGAGAUGAUAAUGUACCUGCGACAGUCCCCCUGACGGGAAGUGGCAAAGUGCGCAAAUUCGAGAUGGCAAAGCUGGGCGAUGACCUCCUACGAAAGCAGGAAAAGGCAUCGAAGCUGUAA